CAGUCUCAAAUAUUGUCGUCACGUAGCCCACCUUAUUCAGAAUGUAACCACUAGCCCGGAUCUCCAUUCUCUCUUUAAAGCAAAAGUUCUCAGUGUUAACCUGUAGCAGAAAGACUAGGGGGAGGGGGCUUUUUGGGUCCGCCCUUCCUGGCUGUCGCCACCUUCCAGGUUAUGACAGCGACAGGAGGUCUGAGGAAGGAGACAGGCUGGAGCUGCUUAUUCUCCUGGAAACCCCGGAGCCACUUGGUGCAGACAGCCCUUCCUACUUUCCCUGCGGCUCUUUUGUGUGACUUUGAGAGGGGCUCCCCGGUGACUGAUUCCUCGCUGGCGCCUGCUGAGCCGAGCAGCCAGCUCUGGGAGGGAGGGACCCUAGCGAAGCGGAGCGGUAGCCAGAGGCAGCCAGCGCAGACCUCAACUGCUGGAUCUGGCUUGCAGUUUUUUGAAGUCAGCAGAAUCAGAAAUCAAAUUACUAUCAUUGUAUGCUGCUGGAAGCUCAAGGAGAGGGGAUUCCGCACCAGCUCAGUCACCAUGCGACAGGCGAGUCACAGGAUAGUGGACCCUGGCGACAACGAAUGUAAGUUCUCAGGCGGCUGUCUUUUACUGCUGUGGGGUUUGCUUUCUGGUUGAAGUCACACUUGGCCACGAUGCCGUCAUUGCCAUGAGAAUUUCUGAAGUGGAAAGUUCUCUGCCGCUCUACAAGACGUGUUUUCCUUUCACGAGCUGAAAUUCCUGAUGCAGCUGCGGCAAUUCUGCCUGAGCCAGAGAAGGGUAACCCGAGUAUUUCCAGUUACGAUGGGAUUAACACUGCAUGGGUUUUUAACGGACUUCCUUAAUACAGAGGGCACACAGCCCUCCCUACCGAUUUCGGAUUGCAUGCUGUUUUAACUUUGUGAUGGCUGAACCCGUGAAACCUGCACAUUUAACCCGAGAAUCAGCUGAAGCGGAUUCCCACCGGUUACAAAACUUUUCUUCUUUAACCAGGAACACGUUUGUGUCCCCAGAUGUUCAAAACUGCUUUUUUGCCUUUGCUUCAUUGAGAACUUACGGCUCUCCGGUGGACUCCUCCUAGCGCUGUGAAGGGAGGAGGCACUAUCAAGAGCCGUCACACUUCUGUAACUCUUACGAUGGGAGAGGAAAAGGCAGCCGGAGGAGCCACACAUGGGCUCCACUUCAACACGUCCUAGAGCCAGGACACGAAGAUGAAUGGUGAGCCAAGCCUGUGACUUGCGAGUCUCUCCGUACUUCAUCUGCUACAACUUCCGGCUCAGACAUGGAAAUUCUCUGUGAAGACAAUACUUCUCUGAGCUCGAUUCCAAACUCCUUAAUGCAAUUAGACGGUGACUCCAGGCUCUACCAAAACGACUUCAACUCCAGAGACGCUAACAGUUCUGAUGCAUUGAACUGGACAAUUGAUGCUGAAAACCGAACCAACCUGUCCUGCGAAGGGUACCUCCCACCGACAUGCCUCUCCAUCCUCCAUCUCCAGGGGAAAAACUGGUCUGCUCUAUUGACAACUGUAGUGAUUAUUCUGACCAUUGCUGGAAACAUACUGGUCAUCAUGGCCGUGUCCCUAGAGAAAAAGCUACAGAAUGCCACCAACUAUUUCCUGAUGUCACUUGCCAUAGCUGAUAUGCUGCUGGGCUUCCUUGUCAUGCCUGUGUCCAUGUUAACCAUCUUGUAUGGGUACCGGUGGCCUUUGCCUAGCAAGCUCUGUGCAGUCUGGAUUUACCUGGACGUCCUCUUCUCCACCGCCUCCAUUAUGCACCUCUGUGCCAUCUCCCUGGACCGCUACGUCGCCAUCCAGAACCCCAUCCACCACAGCCGCUUCAACUCCAGAACCAAGGCCUUCCUGAAGAUCAUUGCUGUGUGGACCAUAUCCGUAGGUAUAUCCAUGCCGAUUCCAGUCUUUGGACUGCAGGACGAUUCGAAGGUCUUUAAGGAGGGGAGCUGUCUUCUCGCUGAUGACAACUUCGUCCUCAUAGGUUCUUUCGUGGCAUUUUUCAUCCCCUUAACCAUCAUGGUGAUCACCUACUUCCUCACUAUCAAGUCACUUCAGAAAGAAGCCACCUUGUGUGUGAGCGACCUCAGCACCCGGGCCAAAUUAGCCUCCUUCAGCUUCCUCCCUCAGAGUUCUAUGUCCUCCGAAAAGCUCUUCCAGCGGUCCAUCCACAGGGAGCAGGGCUCCUACACAGGCAGGAGGACGAUGCAGUCCAUCAGCAACGAGCAAAAAGCGUGCAAGGUGCUGGGCAUCGUGUUCUUUCUGUUUGUCGUCAUGUGGUGCCCCUUCUUCAUCACCAACAUCAUGGCCGUCAUCUGCAAGGAGUCCUGCAAUGAAGAUGUCAUCGGAGCCCUGCUCAACGUGUUUGUCUGGAUUGGUUACCUCUCCUCCGCUGUCAAUCCACUGGUCUAUACACUGUUCAAUAAGACUUACAGGUCUGCUUUCUCGCGGUACAUUCAGUGUCAGUACAAGGAGAACAGAAAGCCCCUGCAGCUAAUUUUAGUGAACACUAUACCCACGUUGGCAUACAAGUCUAGUCAACUCCAGGCGGGGCAGAAAAAGAACUCAGAGGAAGACGCUGAACCAACAGGUAACGACUGCUCUAUGGUUACUCUAGGAAAACAACCCUCAGAAGAGUCCUGUACAGACAAUAUCAACACCAUGAAUGAAAAGGUUAGCUGUGUGUGAUGGACCGGUUGCUCUGACCACUGCACUUGAACAAGGUUUUACCCUUGUGUGUGGGGGCAGGGGUAAGGAGACUGGGACAAAUGAGACCACCCCAGUGACUCAGCAGCCUAUGCCUCCUUGUGUUCUGUGUCCGAAGAGCAGCGUGUCACAGUGUGCACUGGGACAAUGUCCUGACAGCAUCUGAGCUAGGAGUGUUAGGGUUUUAUCAUUGUCCUUUUAACAUUGUCAGUGAGAUCUUUAAAACCAUUUUCCUUUACAGUACAAUUAUGAUGAGGCAUAAAAAUCAAUUCCAGCUCAUUUCUAUUAUCAAAUAGAAACCUUGCAGCCCUGUUGUUGAUGGGUGGCAUGGGAGUGGGUUGGUGACCUAUCAUUGUAUAUAAAAAUAGCUAGAAAUGACGAAAAUAGUAAAUAGCCUCUUUUUUAAAAAUGCGUUUAAAAUUCACCAUGACGCAUAUUUUGAAAAUAGAAAAUAGACAGUAUUAUGAAAUUUGUACUGCUAAUACAAUUAAUUGAAAUACUUGACAAUAUUUUUCAUUCUUGCCUUUUCAUAGAUGCCAUUUUGAAAUGUUCACAAGAUCGCUGGCAUCUGCUGCGUUUGUCAUUUAAUUCUCAGAUGUGGAAGGGUUUUAAAUGUUAUUCGACAACGCGCUGCUUUCUCUUCUACUUCUUGGGCUUUACCUGAAUUUGCAAUGUGGUUUUGUUUCUUAUAUUUUCAUCUCUGUAAACUAUCAAAGGAUAAUUUCGCUUUUCAAAAUGCAGUUCUAGAACUUGCUU